GCUCCAUCGUCAUCCAUUAAUGGUCAAAGACAAAAGACAUGGAGGAAACACGUAAGAGAGAGACACAUAUUUACCCAAAAUGAGUCAUUGCACCUUCAAAAUAAAAUAUUUCUUACCGUCUUUUCUUCUUUUUAUCUCGAAAUCGUCAGCUUCGUUGCCUUCUAGCUUCGUCAUACCAACUUUUUGACUAAAUUAGAAAAAAAAAUUGCCAUUAAAGUACAUCAGAGACAAAGACAAAAGGUUAGGCACAUUUUAUCUUUGUAUCGGAUUUUCUUGAAAAAUAUUAGAUAUUUUAAGGGAAUCUUUUUCGAUGUGUGUCUUUUGGUGUCUAUAAAGAUCCAAACGCUUCCUUGUCUGUUUUAUCUGCAGAUUAUCUGAAAACGUUUUUGGAGUUUUUUGAGAGAGAAAGACAGAGAGAUUGAGAAGAUGUUGGAAGGAAAAGCAAUGGUGGAAGAUUCAGAUAUGCCAGUGAAGAUGCAGGUUCAAGCCAUGUCUUUGGCUUCUCAAGCUCUUGAUAUUUUUGAUGUCGUUGACUGUAAAUCCAUUGCUGGCCACAUCAAGAAGGAGUUUGAUGAAAGAUACGGGAGUGGAUGGCAAUGUGUGGUGGGAUCAAACUUUGGGUGUUUCUUCACACAUUCUAAAGGGACAUUCAUCUAUUUUCAGUUGGAGACAUUGAAGUUCCUAAUCUUCAAAGGCGCUUCUACUCCUUAAUACGACAAAACCUAAGCCAAUGUUGUAUAUUCUUUUUACCCUUCUAUGAAAAUCAGUCUGAAACAACAAGAAGAGUUCAUCUUGAAACUCUUGGCACUAUGCGGAGUCCAACUGCAUGCGCAAUACUCCUGAAAUAAGGUUUACAUUUUGUUCUUCCAAAAUUAGGUUUACUUGUAGCAUUUUCCUUGAUUAAUUCAAAUGAGAAACGCACCAUUGUGUUGUAGCAGAAUUAAAAUGCACUAUCUUACAAAGAAAUUAACACAGCACGAUAUACAUAGAGCAUUAAAAAGGGUUCACAGAAUUGGGUAGAAAUUUUUGUGACAUUUUGAAUGGAUUUUAGAAGGCUAAUUUAAAGUUUUCCCCGAGGACCGAGUUUAGGCUUCUCUUGAGGACCUCGUUUAAUAGGAAGAACAUCGCCGGUCGAGGAAGCACUAACAUAAGUAAGCAAAGAGCCACCU